AUGGCACAAUCCCGCAAUACCAUCUGGCUAUUCCUCACCGCCACCUUUCUAUCCCAGGCUCUGGCAAGCAUCCCCACGAUCAAAUGGCAGAACUGCAGCACCUCCACCCCCCAUCCCCUGGACUGCGAAAACAUCCAAGUCCCAAUCGACUGGACAGACCCCGAGAGCGACCAGGUAACCCUGAGAAUGGUCCGCCACAACGCCACGAGCCCCUCCAAACGCCUGGGUAGCCUAAUCGUCAACCCCGGAGGGCCAGGCAGUCCUGCAUCAACCGUGGUCACUUACGCCCCGUACGCCUUCGGCGCAGACAUCCUCACGCACUUCGACAUCAUCGGCCUCGAUCCACGCGGCCUGCGCGAACCUCACCGGCCCUCUCAUCGCGCACCUGGACUCCGCGUCAGCAUCGCAAUGGACAUCGAGGCUGUGCGCAUUGCCCUCGGGGACGACAAGCUCACUGACCUGGGUCUUUCAUACGGCACAGUCCUCGGCGCGCAAUACGCGCAACUCUUCCCGGGGAAUAUCCGCGCGAUGGCGCUAGACGGGAACGUCGACCAUAACAUGGCGCGGACGUACAGUCUCACUCCUUCCUCAGCUGCACACGAGACGGGUCUGAUCCGGUUUAGCCAGUGGUGUGCCCAGAACAGCACGUGUGCGCUGCACGGCACAGACGUCCUGCAACUUUUCGACGACCUGGUCGCUCAAGCGGACGAAACGCCCCUCCCUGCCCCUGUCUGUGCCGUGUCCGGGAUAUGUCGCUCCGACGUAACGGGGGAAGAACUGCGCGACAACCUGCGCAACUGGCUGCCAUUCAAAGACCCGCCACCCCAACUCCUUCUAACCGGCUGGAACGAUCUAGCCUUCACCCUGGCGCAGGCAAAAUCCGGGAACGCAACGCUCCUCUCCACCCCCCUCGCAACAGACCCCGCGUCAAUCCUCUUCCCCGAGCUAGCAAUCUACUGCCUCGACUGGUCGCGCGACACCUCCGUCGCUGACGUGAAGUAUAAGCAGGAUAAUACCGCCACCCUAAUGCCGCAUACCCAGGGGGUCUGCGAGGUGAACAUCCCGCAGGUGCAAUGCAUCGGGUGGCCGGUUCCGGUGGAGAAUCGGGAACAUAAUGCGAGUAGCAAUAAUACUCUCCCGAUUUUGCUGGUGAAUGUGGAGCUUGAUCCGUUGACGCCGAUGGAGUGGGUGGUGGGACAGAGGGAGCAGAUUCGCGAGAGUGUGUUGUUGACGAGGAGGGGGGAUGGUCAUACGUCGUAUUUCCUGUUUGGGGAGACGUCCAGGGCGAUCGAUGCGUAUUUGGUGGGUUUGGAGUUGCCGGGGGAGAAUGUGGUGUUGGAUAGUUGA